AUGAAAUCCCUCAGGAGGAUGCUGUUCGGGGUCGUCGCCGCCUUGCCUGCGCUCGUCGUAGCGGCGCACAACGCCUCCUACCCGACCGCCGACAUGUUGAGGGCCCAGCUGGCUCUCAUGGGCGACAGUAAUCGUCCGGACGGCUGCCCGCCAUGCUUCAACUGUCUCCUCCCUGCCCAUAGCUGCGCUCAGUACGCUGGCUGCAACGAAUUCAACGGCAUCUGCGAUUGCCCCGCUGGAUUUGGUGGCGAUGACUGCCUCAAGCCUCUUUGUGGCUCUCUGGCCCGCGGCCGCGACCGACCUAUGCGAUCUGGCGACAGUUGCGACUGUGACGAGGGCUGGGGCGGUGUCAACUGCAAUGUCUGCACUCAAGAUUCCGCCUGCAAUGCGUUUAUGCCCGACGAGACUGGCGGCGUUUGCUAUCGCAGCGGUGAACUGGUCCGCACUAACCAUCAAAUAUGCAAUGUCGUCAACAAGAUGAUUGUCAAUUUGCUCGGCGAUCAGAUCCCAGAGGUCACCUUUACCUGCGACAAGGAUUCAGAAAACUGUGACUUUCAAUUCUGGGUUGACCAGGUCGAGUCUUUCUACUGCCACCUCACCGAGUGCGAGUCGAGCGCAUCAUUUGGCGAUAGAACUAACGGCACUGCGUAUAAUUGCAACAAGAUUGAAUGCGCCUGCAUCCCCGACCGCAUGAUGUGUGGCAAGGACGGCUCCAUGGAUCUGACCGACUUUCUGGACCAAGCCAUCAAGGGCCCCGCAUCAUUUGAAUGCGACAACAAAAACGACACCUUCCACAGCUGCGCCUUUAAAGAGCCCCAGAUGGACCAGCUAAUGACCGAUCUUCUGGGUGACUCUAGCAUCCUGCUUACCUGCGGCGCGGGUGAGUGUAUGCACGAGACUGAAGUGCCUGGCUACCGACGCCCUGUCAAACAAAUCAACACCCCCCUCAUCGCCAGCAUCAUCGCAGCCUGCGCCCUCUUUGUUGUUGCUGUCAUUGUCGUGACAUGGUAUCUGGCUCGUCGCAGACUGCAGUAUGGCGCCAUCCAUCUUGACGACUCCGAUGACGAGAGCACCAAGCUCAUGGCCAACCACAAGCCCGCGUCACUUCAAUUCCAGAAUGUGUCUUAUUCUCUCAACGGCAAGCAAAUUCUCACUGGAAUCCAGGGCAUCUGUCAUCCUGGCGAAGCUACUGCCAUCAUGGGGGCUUCUGGCGCCGGAAAGACUACUUUUCUCGACAUUCUGGCCCGCAAGAACAAACGCGGCCAAGUCUCUGGCGAUUUCUACGUCAACGGCGAAAGAGUCCUAGAUAACGACUACAAAAAUGUCAUUGGCUUCGUUGAUCAAGAAGACACAAUGCUCCCAACUUUGACUGUUCAUGAGACCAUUCUGAACAGUGCUUUAUUGAGAUUGCCUCGUGACAUGACCCGGGCCAGCAAGGAGCAGCGCGUUUUUGAAGUGGAAAAGGAACUUGGCAUCUACCACAUUCGAGACUCACUCAUCGGAUCCGAGGAAGGCAAGGGCCGUGGCAUCUCUGGCGGCGAAAAACGCCGUGUUGGCAUCGCCUGCGAGCUGGUCACCAGCCCGUCUAUUCUCUUUCUAGAUGAACCUACAAGUGGCUUGGACGCUUACAACGCUUACAACGUCGUCGAGUGCCUCGUCACAUUGGCCAAAAAUUACCAGCGAACCAUCAUCUUUACGAUUCACCAGCCACGCUCCAACAUUGUCGCCUUAUUUGACCGAUUAGUCCUUCUUGCCAAGGGCAAGACUGUCUAUUCUGGCAAAUUUGCGGAUUGUCAAUCGUACUUUGAUAGCAUUGGCUAUGAGUGCCCGCCUGGUUUCAACAUUGCAGAUUACCUUGUCGAUCUUACCAUGCACGCCAGCCGCGCUGAGCCUUUCGAUGACGGCACUGUUGGUGCCGACUCUGCGAGCGUCGGGCCAAGCAGCACGAGAGCUGUCAAGUCAAUCGCUAGUGUAUCCGGCGCCAGCCUCGGAGACGAGCCAUCCGAAAGCUCAUCCUCUCGCCCGAGAGCCAAGCGUUCUGACUCCAUCCGUACUCGACAGGAGCGUGAGCUGUUUACUCGCAGACGCACUGCGGAAACAGCUGCGUCGUCUGAUGCUGGUGGUGAGGAGAUCGGGGCUUACAAGCUUCAGAAACACACAGAACCAGCGCUCGGACACCUUCCCGAGGACCACCACGACCUGCCCCCUGAAGCAUCAUCUGAAACCGAUGUUGAUCUCCUGUACAGAGCAUUUGCACAGAGCCAGAUUGCGGCUGACAUUCGUGACGAGAUUCAACAUUCUAUCGAAACCGCACAAGAUGCCAACGGAUCAAAUGCCAAUGGCUAUUCUGUCGAUGGCCCGAACAUCAAUGUCAGCGCAGUCGGCAAGGGUUACCAUCGCAUCAGUUACCCUCGCCAGUUCAUCAUUCUCUCGCAACGAACCUUCAAGAACCUGUACAGAAACCCAAUGCUGAUGUUGACCCACUACGCCAUUGCCAUUGUCCUUGCCGUGUUUGCUGGAUUCCUCUUUUAUGGCCUCACCGACGAUAUUCCCGGCUUCCAGAACAGACUCGGACUCUUCUUCUUCCUCCUAGCACUGUAUGGAUUCAGCACGCUCACGAGUCUGACUGUGUUUGCGAAUGAGCGACUGCUUUUCGUACGUGAACGAGCCAAUGGCUACUACUCACCAGCCACUUACUUUGCAGCCAAGGUGCUUUUCGAUAUUGUGCCGCUUCGAAUCAUCCCGCCUAUUCUGAUGGGCUCCAUCCUGUAUCCCAUGACUGGUCUCGUUCCCGACUUCCCCCACUUCAUCAAAUUCAUCAUCGUACUGGUGCUCUUCAACCUCGCGGCCGCCGCCAUUUGCUUGUUCAUCGGUAUCAUCUUCAAGGACGGCGGCGUGGCCAACCUCAUUGGCAGCUUGGUUAUGCUGUUCAGUCUCUUGUUUGCCGGGUUCUUGCUCAAUCGCGAGAAGAUCCCGGCUAGUGCCGCUUGGCUGCAGAAUAUCUCAAUAUUCCACUACGGGUUCGAAGCGCUCAUCGUCAAUGAAGUUCUCGAGCUUACUCUUGUUGACGAAAAGGUUGGCAUCCCCAUCAAGGUGCCCGGCGCUACCAUUCUCAGCACGUUUGGUUUCCAGAACGGUGCGCUGUGGUAUGAUAUCCGCAACCUGGGUUUGUUUGCCGCCACAUUCAUUGUCCUGGCUUACGUCGCCAUGCAUAUUCUUCUUGUUGAGCGCAGAUAG